AUGGAGGAUUUGAUCGACUGUUGGACAACAGAAUACCAACGGUGGAAGAUGAAGCAGCAGCAGGUACAAAAAUUCCAUCUUCCGUUUUGUGCUUUUAAAUUUCUCUUUCUGUCUCGUGAAUUGUCCAAGUUGAGAGAAAUUACAUCAAGAAUAGAUGCAAUUAACCGAGAUGGACAACGCUACAAAAGUAACAGAACCAUGAUAGCAGCAAGUGAUAAAAGUCAUUCCAAAACAUCGGGAACUGGGCCCGUUCAAGACAGGUUAGUUGUUAGUAGGGAGAAGGAUAAAGAGAAGAUCAUAGAGCAGCUGACAACAGAGAAAAAAGCCGGUAGGGGAACCUUUUCAUUUACUCCCAUUGUUGGGAUUGGAGGAUUGGGGAAAACAACUCUUGCUCAACUUGUCUUUAAUGAUGAAAAUGUUGAUCGGUAUUUCGAUUUUAGAAUUUGGGUUUUUGUGGGGAACGAAUUUGACAUGGAGAGGAUUUUCCGUGAAAUACUGGUCUCUCUAGUGCGUUCAUUGAAUGUGGAAAGAAGACAAGCAACGGAGUCUUUAAAAGAUAUGAUCAAGAAAAAAGAAUCUCAACCCGAAACCCCUGUUGAUCCCACCCUCUUGGCCAAACUACAAACCUUGUUUAAAGAUGCCAGUCCUCUCGAUUUGAACCAACUACCUUCUCCCAGUGAUCCCAACUCCUUGCCCCAUCUAAAAGACCUUGAUCUUCACUACUCCAACUCCUUGGACCGAUUACAAACCCGUCCUGAGAUUAUUGAUUAUACCCCUCUCUCCUUGGCCCAACUAGAAACUCGCAUUCUUGAACUUCUCACUCAGAAACGAUUUUUACUUGUUCUAGACGACCUGUGGAAUCAUAAAGAUGAGGAAUUGGAGCCACUAGUAAAGGUCUUAAAUCAUGGGGCUUACGGAAGCAAGGUUCUGGUGACUAGUCGGCUGAAAGAAGUUUCAAAUAUCAUGGAUUCAGCGUCACCCUAUUCUCUGCAAUGUUUGGGUGAUCAUGAGUCAUGGUGGUUGUUUAAAAAGUUGGCAUUCAAAGAAGAUAGUGAUUUGAUCGAUAGCGAGUUUGAAAAAUGUGGAAGGGAAAUUGUAGGUAUGUGUCAGGGUCUUCCUUUGGCUACAAAACAAAUGGCAGGUCUGUUACGUGGGAAAGAAUUGGGAGAAUGGGAAAAUGUUGCCAAAAGUCAAACAUGGAAAGCACGAGUGGAAGAUACUCAAAUACUGCCUGCUCUUAGAUUGAGUUAUAAUCACCUGCCCUCACCAGAUCACAAGCAGUGCUUUUCAUUGUGUUCCCUGUUUCCGAAAUCGUAUCUUUAUGAAAAGGAUGAGUUGGUCAAGUUAUGGAUGGCAGAAGGAUUUAUACAACCACCUACGCACGGAGUGGGAGAGAGGACAGAAGACAUCGGAAGUCGAUACUUCAAGGAGCUGUCAGACAGGUUCUUCUUCGAAUGCUCAGCUGAAGACAACACAAAGUACAGGAUGCAUGAUCUUAUCCAUGACUUGGCACAAUCAGUUUCCAGUCCCUUUUUUUGCCAAGUGAAGGAUAUGAAAGAUUUUGACGAAAAGUCUCGUCAUGUAUCACUGCUUCAAGAACAACUUCAGAAGCCUACAAUAGAGAUCGUCAACAAAUCGAAGAAGCUGCGCACACUUUGA